AAUAAAACGAGUGGGAUAAAAAAAGAAUUCCCAACCGCUAAAUUACAUUUUUCUUUUUCACAACCGACCAAGACAAUGCAGCAGGAAGGCGAGUCCACGAAGCUCUGCGCCAACGGCUGCGGCUUCUUUGGCAGCGCGGCCUCGGGCAACAUGUGCUCGGUGUGCUGGAAGAAGACCAUGUCGGCGCGCCAGGUCGAGACGGCCAACUACACGUCGCCGCCAUCGGCGUCGCCCGCGCCCGUCGCGGCCCCGCAAGUCGUGGCCGCGCCGAUGCCCGCGCCGGCCGCCGCCGACGAAGAGAAGAAGGACGAACCCGUUGUGCAAAAGAACAAGGGCCGCUGCUGGGACUGCAAGAAGAAGGUGGGCCUCACGGGCAUCGAGUGCCGCUGCGGCUACGUCUACUGCUCCAACCACCGGUUCGCCGACCAGCACAACUGCUCGUUUGACUACAAGGCCGCCGACCGCGCCGAGCUCGCGAAGCGCAACCCCGGCGGUGGCGCGUUUGACAAGGUCGACAAGCUGUAAGACGGUCUUCGGCGACCGAUGGCCGACCAGCCGUCUGAUUUAAAACCAGCCCCACCCCCCUGCGGCUGUGGUCAAUCGACCGCAACACGUAGACUGUAGUUUUAGGAUUCAUGGCAUAACUUCGCAUCAACAUUGACUCACAUUCGUACCACCAGCA